AUGUACAACAGUGCUUCGCCACGACAGACGCCACCGCACGAGGUUGGCGAUUUGGCAAUCGUUGCAGCCAACAGCCGAGCUGCUAAAGGAGGCGCCGCUAUCCCCUCGCCUCCAUUCCCGAUCCCCGACCUGCUUACGACACACUCGUUUAAGCUGGCGCUGCUCGCCUACGAUUACGACGGGAAGGCUGAUCCGUUAGGAACCACAUGCCGGCCCUGCGAUUGUGGUGAGGCAACCCGCGCGGUCGAAUGCCUUGGUCGUUUGAACGAGCAUCCGUGGACGCAGCAUAUCAUCGCUGUUGGAGGGGCUGGCAAUGUCCUGCCCGUUGCCGAUCUGUACGCGCCCAAGCCUCGCACGAACAAGCUGGAGCACGCGAUUCGCCCACGCCCCAACGGACUGUGGAACAUGAAGUGA